AUGGUAGGGGCGAAAGUUGAGGAUGAGGGUGAGGGGAAGGGGAAGGGUGAGGCGGGGACGCAGUACGAUAAUGUCGCGGCGAAUCGGACGAGAGCGGCGGCGCAUUGUUUCGAGGCGAAGUGUUUUGGGGUCAUGUGUUCGGGUUUCAUGGACAAAUCCAUGCUCGACGAAAUGAUCAAGCACGCCCCCUCCAUGCAGUCAACCCUCCACAGCCUAACCCAAGGCGCGUCCCUCUUCCUCGACCCCACCGGCGCGCAAAUCGGAGACAGUAUCCAAGGGGACGAGGGGAUCGUGUACGCGGAUUUGGAUCUCGAGGAGUGCGUGGAGCCGAAGCAGUUCCAUGAUGUGGUGGGGGGGUAUCAGCGGUUUGAUGUUUUUGAUCUGAAAGUUGAUCGGAGGCGGAUGGGGGUGGAGGGGAGUUUUGGGGCGGAGGGCGAGACUGGGGGGCAGGGGAGGGGCGCUGAGGUGGGUUCUUCUGGAGAUGGUGGUGGGGGAACUGCUGGGCUGUGA